AUGUCACGUCUCGCAUCCAGAUCAACCCACGCCGGGCUUCGGAGUAUCUCAGUCUCCCGGCCAUGCGUUGCUCACGUGGGGGGCGCACGCUCGUACACCACCGACAAGAAAGGCAAACAGGGCUCUAGUUUCCAAGGGCAGAUGCUUGAGAGUAUUAGCUCACGUAUAGCGCGCGAGAAAGCUGAGCGCGAAAAGUUUGCGAGGCAAAGACAAGAGUCUGCUGGGACGAGACGGUGGGCUACAACAUUCGUUGUCCUGGCUGCUGCUGGUGCCUCGUAUUACUUGGGUCUCCAAGCCCCGCGCGACCCCGACGGAUCAUCCACACUUCCUCUAGCCCUGACCCGCGAUCCGAAAUUCAAGAAUGAUAAGGCGAAUCUUGAGGCCGCGUGGUCGGACUUUGCGGCGAUCGUUGGUCGGGAUAAUGUUAGCACGAUUGAAACCGACCUAGAGACACAUGCCAACUCGGACUGGUCGAGCUACCGUAGCGCUGAGCACGAGAAGCCGUUUAUGGUGGUGUAUCCGAGUACCACGGAGGAAGUUAGUAAGAUUAUGAAGAUAUGUCAUUCACGACGGAUACCGGUGGUUGGAUAUAGCGGAGGUACUAGUCUGGAGGGACAUUUCACGCCGACGAGGGGUGGGAUAUGUGUUGAUUUCAGAAGGAUGGAUAAGAUUAUUGCUCUACACAAAGAUGAUCUAGAUGUCGUCGUACAACCCGCUGUUGGGUGGGAAUUACUAAAUGAGGAAAUCGGCAAGGAGAACCUGUUCUUCCCGCCUGACCCCGGCCCAGGCGCACAGAUCGGCGGUAUGAUUGGCACAGGAUGCAGCGGCACAAAUUCAUACCGCUACGGCACCAUGAGAGAAUGGGUUAUCUCUCUAACUGUUGUCCUCGCGGACGGCACUGUAAUCAAAACCCGUCAAAGGCCACGAAAGAGUUCUGCGGGCUACGAUCUGACGAAGUUAUUCAUUGGCAGCGAAGGAACCCUUGGUCUCGUAACAGAAGCCACUCUAAAACUCACCACCAAACCCGCCAGCACAAGCGUAGCGGUCUGCGGCUUCAGUUCGAUCCGCCAAGCUGCCGACUGCGUCGCCAAGGUUGUUGGACAAGGCGUACCUGUUGCUGCGGUCGAGAUUCUCGACGAGGAGCAGAUGAAGUGUAUCAACCAAGCAGGCAUGACCUCGAAGCAUUGGAAAGAAGUACCCACUCUAUUUUUCAAAUUCUCGGGCACGGAGCGCGGUGUCAAAGAACAAAUCCAAAUUGUCCAGGAGAUGGCGCGACAGACGGGUAGCCGUAGCUUUGAAUUCGCGCGCUCAGAGCAGGAGAAGGCGGAGUUGUGGAGCGCAAGAAAAGAAGCCCUUUGGAGUACCAUGUCGGUCGCGAAACCCGACGAGAAGGUUUGGACUGGCGAUGUGGCGGUUCCGAUGAGUAGACUACCGCUAUUGAUUGAGGAGACGAAGGACGAUAUGAAGAAGAGUGGCAUGUACGGCACGAUUGUCGGACAUGUUGGAGACGGGAACUUUCAUAUCAUUUUACUCUCAAAUCCAGAGCAGAGACAUGCUGCAGAGGAACUAGUGCAUCGCAUGGUGAAGAGGGCUGUUGAGUUGGAGGGAACCGUUACGGGCGAACACGGUGUCGGCCUAGUUAAGAGGGAUUACCUGCCCCAUGAACUUGGCGAGAGUACCGUAGAUACCAUGAGAAAGAUCAAGCAAGCGCUCGAUCCGCUUUGCCUUCUCAACGCCGACAAAGUUGUCCGUGUUCAAAAGCCAAAGCCCGGCGAGAUCCCUGAAUGGUAAUAAUACCAUUCUCUGUAUAGGCAUUUGUAUAGGUAGGCGACGCGAUAAUUAGCGAUUGCGCGUUUAUAUCAAUCCCCCAGUAUAUACAUCCUAUCUAUGUUCAUGUGUUGAUAACGUCAAGAAUGUCACAUUUGCAGACCUACGUGUAUUUUGGCUACCCAUUAUUGAUACCCUCAUCUCUACAAUGCUUAUAUGUCGCGAAAAUAUGCUGCUUAUGCAUUUCAGGUAACAGGCCUCGGGUAUUAACGUUGUGUUAUCGAUGUUAUCAAAAAGCACGAGACUUCAAGUUCGUCAACAUGGAGAUUAG